AUGGCAGGGAAUGGUACCAUAGUCACAGAAUUUGUUCUGAUGGGAUUCCAGCUGCGAGCGGAGCUGCAGAUGACCCUCUUCUUUGUGUUUCUGAUUCUUUAUCUCAUCACCAUUGGGGGCAACCUGGGCAUGAUCCUACUGAUUCAGAGUGACCCUCACCUCCAGACUCCCAUGUACUUCUUCCUCAGUCAACUUUCCAUCCUGGACAUUUGUUAUUCUUCUGUAAUUAUCCCUCAGUUGCUUGAGACCUUAGCAAUCGAUAAAACAGUCAUCACCUAUGAGUGCUGUGCCACCCAGUUCUUCUUUUUCACGCUUUAUGCUAGUACUGAAUGUUUCCUUUUAGCUGUGAUGGCCUAUGACCGCUAUGUGGCUGUGUGCAACCCUCUCCUCUAUGCCACCACCAUGACACCACAGACCCGACUAGGCCUGGUGGGUGGGGCAUAUGCUGGUGCAAUGAUCAAUUCCAUGGUCCACACUGGGUGUACUUUCUCCCUCUCCUUCUGCAAAUCCAAUCACUUGGACUUCUUCUUCUGUGAUCUGCCACCCCUGCUGAAGCUUGCCUGCAGUGAGACAAAGCCACAGGAGCGAGUGAUCUACCUCUUAGCAUUUUUGGUCAUCACAACCAGUAUUUCAGUGAUUCUCAUCUCCUACCUGUUCAUCAUUAGGGCUAUUCUGAGGAUUCGUACAGCAGGUGGCAAAGCCAAGACUUUCUCCACCUGUACUUCUCACAUGACUGCAGUGGCUCUUUUCUUUGGGACUCUCAUAUUCAUGUACCUGAAAGGUAAUGUGGGCACAUCUCUCUGGGAGGACAAGAUCGUGUCUGUAUUUUACACAGUGGUCAUUCCCAUGCUCAACCCAAUGGUCUACAGUCUCAGAAACAAGGAAGUGAAGGGGGCUUUGAAGAAAGCUUUCAACAGGAUGAAGGUUUCCCAAGUAAAAUAA